UAAAUUUUCUAUAUUUACUAUUUUUAAUUAUUAUUUUCAAUGCUUUUUGAUGCACUUCACCUCCUCUGCAGCAGGGGGCAGCUAAUAAACGCUUAGCACAUUUCUUCCCUCGGAAACUCAUUUCCGUAUUUACAAGCCAAGCGUGACGUUCAGGGUCCAACAGAAAAAUACGUCUGGGAGUCGCAAAUUUCCUUUAAAUCCCACAUUUGGCGACCAAAAUGCUCUCCUUGAAAGCUUUUCUCAACGAUAGGCUGGCGGCUGUGGCGGAGGAGAUUUUUGCCGCCGUCGAGAAGACAAUAGACGAGUACAAAGAGGAGCUUUGCCGUGUGAAGGACUUGGAGAUAGGUCGUCUCCGAAUGCAGCUGAGGCUUCUCAAGUCAGAUGGAUGUAAUGGAGCUCAGUUGCAGGAGCACCCCCAUCCCCAGCACGCUCCUCCUCCCAUUCCUCAAAAGCAGGAUGAGGCAGCAUCAGCAGAUAUGGAGGCCAAUGAGUCCCAAAACAUCGAAGAGGAAGGAAGCAGCAGCCUGGAGCUUCCCAAUGAACCCGCUCAAGUCAAGAAAGAACCCGAGAGGAACCACAGAGAGUUCUGGCUAGGCCAAUGCUCCGAACCUCUGGAAGAUCUAGAGUCGGACAUAAAGGACUUCAUGUCCUCAGCGUCCGGUGUGAGGGCUGCCCUGCACGACUCCGUCUUGCCCUUUCACCUCUACCACGGCGGCAUCGGCGACGAAGGCAGGGAGAAGCCGUACAGCUGCUCCGUUUGCGACAAACGCUUCGGCAACUGCUCCCACCUGGCCGCCCACAUCAGGACGCACACGGGCGAGAGGCCCUACAGGUGUGACAUCUGCAGGAAGAGCUUUGUAACCACAAGUGCCCUCAACAGACAUCAAACCAUACACACCGAGGGAAAACAUUAUGUGUGCAUUUACUGCAGCAAGGCCUUCAAAUGGAUGGAGUCUCUCGGGAGGCACGUGCGAAUUGCUCACAAAAGGCCCAACGUACCUCAAGUGACCUCAUGAAAAAAAGUAGAAGUAUUUAUUGUGUAAGUAGUAUUUAUUCAGCAGUCUGCCUCACUCUUCUGAGGUUCUCGUGUUUUUCUGGUUCUCGUGUGGGGUUUUCUCAGAGUAGACUUUCUCCCAUGUCUAAAAAAAAAUACCUCUGGAUGACCUUGGAUGUCGUCUUAAUCACAAGCCACAUUGUAGCUACAGUUUCAUUGUAUAGGUCAUUAUGUUUUCCAUCUAGGGCUGCCGCAGUUAAACAAAUGAAUCAACAACUAUUUUAAUUCAAGGUCUGCCAUUGACGUUUUUAGAAAAACAAUUCUGUCUAAAAAUGAAAUUUGUUUUUUUUUACAUUGACCACGCGGUAACAUAUUACCACUUACAACACUGAUUCCUAGGAAACGGAUGAACAACCAUUCUAGGGCUGCAGCUUUCGAUUAUUUUAGUAGCCGAUUAAUCGAUGAACUACCGUAUUGGCCCGAUUAUUAGACGAUCCCCAAGACUCAAGUUUGAAAAAAUACUUUUUAAACACCAAAUUAAUUUUUAUACAGAAAAUAAUUACAGUACAUCUGAAACAAAUGAGUAUAACAAUAUAUUUGAGAAAAAAAAAACAUGUUAUUUUGCUUCAUUCAAAUCUUAAUAUCUGAACAUUUAAAUAUGUAAACUAAAGUGCAAUCACAUUCGUAAAUGAAUGGUUUCUGGUUUUUGAAAUGUAAAUAAACCAAUCAAUUGUGAUAAAACACCAAAAUUGCAAUAACUGCAUCAACCAUCAAAGUGAAGUCUAACUGUAACUGUAGUCUUGAAACAAAUCUGAAUAAGGAAAAACAUUGCAAUAAAAUAAUGCAUACCAUUUAAACUUGAGAAUAGCUGAGAUCUGUCAUGACAGAUCAUCGCUUCAAUGAUAUCUGGCGCCAUCUAGCGUCGUGAAUGGGUAUAACGUCUAGACAGCGAAAAAAGACGACCCCCACUUUUUCAGUCUUAUUUCAAUGCAAAAAAUCUUAUACAGUGAUACCUCAGCUCACGAACAUAAUUGGUUCCCAGAAAGUGUGCGUGAGGCGAAAAGUUCGUCUUCCGAACAUUUAUUUCCCAUAAGAAACCAUUAAAAUGAGAAUAAUCCGUUCCCAGGUCCCCAUAAAACAUAAUUUUCUACUAAAUAAGCCUUAAAACUACACAAAAAUAUACCUUAUUUUAUGUAUAAUAAGUGUGCUAUUGUAUUAUAAUUAAAGAAAUAAACUGUA